AGAGAGUGAGGGAGCGAGUGAGUGAGGAGACUUCGUCAGCCGAGCUAGUGCCGGGGAGGCUCGGCGGCGGUCGCCGCCAUUACUAAGUCGAGAGCACCGGGGAGGGAGAGGGAGGGGGGAUGGGGCCAGGCCGUCGCGGCUGGAAGUUGUGAGGGGGGCUGCGGUCCGGAGGGAAACGGUCGCCGCCGGCGCGGACGGAAAGCCCUGGGAAUGCCGCGGAAGAACCGAGUCCGAGAAUGCUCUCAGGGAAGAAAUAUUUGAAGAAAAUUUAGAAAGUACCACAGUUUUGUCUGUAAAGGACAUCUGGAUCUGAACCCUUAGUUAAUUGCAAGCUUGAAAAUCUAAGAAAAACUGACAACUAAUUCUAUGAGCUUGAAGAUAAAUUUUCAGUGUGUAAAGGCACUUUUAAGAAUGAAAGCUACACCCGCUUAUGUUAGUGAAUAUAGAAUAAUGAGAAGAACGCUAUGAUGGCAAAGAACAAAGAACCUCGCCCCCCAUCCUAUGCUAUUAGUGUGGUUGGACUUUCUGGAACUGAAAAAGACAAGGGGAACUGUGGAGUCGGGAAGUCGUGUUUGUGCAAUAGAUUUGUGCGUUCAAAAGCAGAUGAAUACUACCCAGAACAUACCUCUGUGCUUAGCACAAUUGACUUUGGUGGCCGAGUUGUUAAUAAUGAUCACUUUUUAUACUGGGGUGACGUAACGCAAUGUGGAGAGGAUGGAAUAGAUUGCAAAAUUCAUGUUAUUGAACAGACUGAGUUUAUCGAUGAUCAGACUUUUUUGCCUCAUCGGAGUACGAAUUUACAACUCUAUAUAAAACGUGCAGCUGCAACCAAAUUGCAGUCAGCAGAAAAACUUAUGUAUAUUUGCACAGAUCAGCUUGGAUUGGAGCAAGACUUUGAGCAAAAACAAAUGCCUGAGGGGAAACUAAACAUUGAUGGAUUUGUGUUGUGCAUUGACGUAAGUCAAGGGUGUAAUAGAAAGUUUGAUGAUCAACUUAAGUUUGUGAAUAACCUCUAUAUUCAGCUAUCAAAAUCUAAAAAGCCAAUAAUAAUAGCAGCAACUAAAUGUGAUGAAUGUGUGGAACAUUAUUUACGAGAGGUUCAGGCAUUUGCUUCAAAUAAAAAAAACCUUCUGGUAGUUGAAACAUCAGCAAGAUUCAAUGUCAAUGUAGAGACAUGUUUUACUGCAUUAGUACAAAUGAUGGAUAAAACCCGUGGUAAGCCUAAAAUAAUUCCCUAUCUGGAUGCCUAUAAAACACAGAGACAACUUGUUGUUACUGCAACAGAUAAAUUUGAAAAACUUGUGCAGACCGUUAGAGACUACCAUGCCACAUGGAAAACUGUUAGUAAUAAAUUGAAAAAUCAUCCAGAUUAUGAAGAAUACAUUAAUUUAGAAGGAACAAAAAAGGCCAAAAAUACUUUUUCAAAACACAUAGAACAGCUUAAACAAGAGCAUAUAAGAAAAAGAAGAGAUGAAUAUAUUAAUACAUUACCAAGAGCUUUUAACACCCUUUUGUCAAACCUUGAAGAAAUUGAGCACUUGAGCUGGUCUGAAGCUUUGAAAUUGAUGGAGAAAAGACCAGAUUUCCCACUAUGUUUUGUGGUGCUGGAAAAAACACCCUGGGAUGAAACUGACCAUAUAGAUAAAGUGAAUGACAGAAGGAUUCCAUUUGACCUUCUGAGUACGCUAGAAGCCGAAAAAGUCUAUCAGAAUCAUGUACAGCAUCUUAUAUCAGAAAAAAGGAGAGUUGAAAUGAAGGAGAAGUUCAAAAAAACACUUGAAAGAAUACAGUUCAUCUCUCCUGGGCAGCCCUGGGAAGAAGUUAUGUGUUUUGUAAUGGAGGAUGAGGCUUUCAAAUAUAUUACUGAGGCAGAUAGUAGGGAAGUAUAUAGCAGACAUCAACGGGAAAUAGUUGAAAAAGCCAAAGAGGAAUUUCAGGAAAUGCUUUUUGAACAUUCAGAGCUGUUUUAUGACCUAGAUUUGAAUGCAACGCCUAGUUCUGAUAAAAUGAGUGAAAUACAUGCAGUUCUGAGUGAAGAGCCUAGAUACAAAGCUUUGCAGAAACUUGCACCUGAUAGAGAGUCUCUUCUUCUUAAACAUAUAGGGUUUGUGUAUCAUCCCACUAAAGAAACGUGUCUCAGUGGCCAAAACUGCAUGGACAUUAAAGUGGAACAGCUACUUGCCAAUAGUCUCUUGCAGUUGGACCAUGGUCGCUUACAUUUGUAUCAUGAUAGUACCAGUAUUGAUAAAGUUAAUCUUUUUAUUCUGGGUAAAGAUGGUCUGGCACAAGAGCUGGCAAAUGAGAUUCGGACACAAUCCACAGAUGAUGAGUAUGCCUUAGAUGGAAAAAUAUAUGAACUUGAUCUUAGACCAGUUGAUGCAAAAUCACCUUAUCUUUUGAGUCAGUUAUGGACUUCUGCCUUCAAACCGCAUGGAUGUUUCUGUGUGUUUAAUUCUAUUGAAUCACUGAAUUUUAUUGGUGAUUGCAUUGGAAAAAUAAGGACUGAGGCAUCUCAAAUAAGAAGAGACAAAUAUAUGGCCAAUCUUCCAUUUACAUUAAUAAUAGCUAAUCAGAGAGAGAGCGUAAGCAAGAAUUUGCCAAUUCUAAGACACCAAGGACAGCAAUUGGCAAACAAGUUGCAGUGUCCUUUUAUAGAUGUGCCUGCUGGUACUUACCCACGUAAAUUUAAUGAGGCUCAAAUAAAACAAGCUUUGAGGGGAGUUUUGGAAGCAGUUAAACACCAUUUUGAAGUUGUAAGCCCUGUUCCUAUAAUUAAGGACCUUUCAGAAGCUGAUUUGAGAAUUGUAAUGUGUGCUAUGUGUGGAGAUCCAUUCAGUGUAGAUCUUAUACUUUCACCUUUCCUUGACUCUCAUUCAUGUAGUGCUGCUCAGGCUGGUCAAAGUAACUCCCUAAUGCUUGAUAAAAUUAUAGGUGAAAAAAGGCGGCGAAUACAGAUUACAAUAUUAUCAUAUCAUUCUUCAAUUGGUGUAAGAAAAGAUGAACUUGUUCAUGGGUAUAUAUUGGUUUACUCUGCUAAGCGGAAAGCAUCUAUGGGAAUGCUUCGAGCAUUUCUUUCAGAAGUACAAGAUACUAUUCCUGUCCAAUUGGUGGCUGUUACUGACAGUCAGGCAGACUUUUUUGAGAACGAAGCUAUCAAAGAAUUAAUGACCGAGGGGGAGCACAUAGCCACUGAAAUUACUGCUAAAUUUACAGCUUUGUAUUCUUUAUCUCAAUAUCAUCGUCAAACUGAGGUUUUCACACUGUUCUUCAGUGACGUUUUGGAAAAGAAAAAUAUGAUUGAAAAUUCGUAUGUAUCUGAUAGUACAAGAGAGUCAACACAUACAAGUGAGGAUGUUUUCCUGCAUUCUCCCAAAAGAAGCUCUCUUGCCUACAGUGGCUACCCGGAUUCAGAAGAUGAUACUGAAGCCCCACCUCCGUACAGCCCAAUUGGAGAUGAUGUACAGCUGCUACCAACACCCAGCGAUCGAUCAAAAUAUAGACUAGAUUUGGAAGGUAAUGAAUAUCCUGUGCAUAGUACGCCACUUAAUUGUCAUGAUCAUGAACGCAAUCAUAAAGUGCCUCCUCCCAUAAAGCCAAAGCCAAUUGUACCCAAGACAAAUGUGAAAAAACUGGAUCCAAACCUAUUAAAAACAAUUGAGGCAGGCAUUGGUAAAAAUCCAAGAAAAUGUAGAAUGCCUCUGGCAGCAACUGAUGAUCUAGAUCAAUCUGAUAAUUAUGCAGAACCUAUAGACACAGUUUUUAAGCUCAGAGGUGUUACUGGUGAUGAUAUCUAUGCAGUUCCUGAUGAUAGUCAAAAUCGUAUGAUUAAAAUUCAAAAUUCAUUUGCUAUAAAUAAUGCCCAAGGUGAUGAAGAAAAUGGAUUUCCUGACAGAACUUCAAGGACUCAUGGAGAAAGAAGACCUUCAAAAUACAAAUAUAAAUCUAAAACACUCUUUAGUAAAGCCAAAUCUUAUUAUAGGAGAGCACAUUCAGAUGCAAGUGAUGAUGAAGCUUUUACAACCUCUAAAACAAAAAGAAAAGGAAGACAUCGUGGUAGUGAAGAAGACCCGCUUCUGUCCCCUGUAGAAACAUGGAAAGGUGGCAUUGAUAACCCAGCAAUUACAUCAGAUCAAGAAUUAGAUGAUAAAAAGAUGAAGAAGAAAACUCAAAAAGUGAAAGAAGACAAGAAACAAAAAAAGAAAACUAAGACAUUCAAUCCACCGACUCGUAGAAAUUGGGAAAGUAAUUACUUUGGGAUGCCCCUGCAGGAUUUGGUUACACCUGACAAGCCUAUACCACUCUUUGUUGAGAAAUGCGUGGAGUUCAUUGAAGAUACAGGUUUAUGUACAGAAGGUCUCUAUCGCGUUAGUGGAAAUAAAACUGAUCAAGACAACAUUCAGAAACAGUUUGAUCAAGAUCAUAGUAUCAGUUUAGAAUCUAUGGAUGUAACAGUAAAUGCUGUGGCAGGAGCCCUUAAAGCUUUCUUUGCAGAUCUUCCAGAGCCGUUAAUUCCCUAUUCUCUACAUCCAGAACUAGUAGAAGCAUCAAAAAUUCCUGAUAGAACAGAACGGCUCUAUGAAUUAAAAGAAAUUGUGAAGAAAUUUCAUCCAGUGAACUAUGAUGUCUUCAAAUACGUAAUAAGUCAUCUGAACAGGGUUAGCCUGCAGAGUAGAACCAAUUUUAUGACUGCAGACAACUUAUCAAUCUGUUUUUGGCCAACUUUAAUGAGACCUGAUUUUGAAAACAAAGAAUUCCUCUCAACCACCAAGAUCCUCCAGUCAGUAAUAGAAACAUUCAUUCAACAGUGCCAGUUUUUCUUUUAUAAUGGAGACAUUUUAGAAACUUCUGACACCGUGGCACACCAGCCUGCAUCUUCUAACCCAGUCCAAAUGGUGGAUCCAAUCGUACCACUGCAAUUACCACCACCUCUACAACCUCAGCUAAUACAACCACAGUUGCAAGCAGAUCCUCUUGGUAUUAUUUAAAUAUAACAACUUACAGUAAAUAGAAGAUGAUUGCAGUCAGCCUGGAAUUGGAUAGAAAGGAAAGAUGCAUGUUCUGAAGAUAUAAAAACUGCUUUCAUAUUUAUGGAAGUAUUUGGAUCCAAACCAGGAAAUACUUCUUGUAGACAUACUGUACACCUUGUUCAUAAACACACCGAUCAGAAUUAUGUGAUUAGCAUGAUGGAAGAGGUUUAAUUUUUUAAACAAAAAUAAUUAAAAUGCAAAGCUGCUGUUGCAUGAACGUUUAUUGCAAUCACUAUCAUUCCUGUGACAAUUUUGUCACAAUAUAUUGUGAAUAAAAUUUUUCUAUAGAAAUGUAAUGAUUAAAUAAAUCAUUUAUGGAACAUUCAAUGCUUACAGCCUGCUUUAGGGCUGUUUUUGUUGUUUAAUGUUCUUUUUUUCUGACAGUUCCAUUCCCCUUUAGCCAGUUGCUGUGAACAGCUAAAGCACAGCUGUAUUUUAUUUUUAAACCCCAAACUACUUACACUACAGUCUGCCUCUUUUCGGAGAGAAUAUAAACUGCACUGCUAAAAAUACUAUUCCAUACCUUCCAUUUCUUUUAAAGAAAUCUGUGGACAUUUGUGUUUGAGGGGUUAGUAAUUUUUUUUCCUUACAGCACAAUACCAAGGACAUGCUUAUUGUAAAAGUGAGUUUAACCCUUGUGCAAAAAUGUUGCUGUUGCUUACUUUCCCCUUAUUUUAUGUUAUUGAAACACUUUAUAAUACUGUUAAUUCUGUAAACAGUUGCAUGUUUGAAAGAUCAUUGAUGAUCUUGUAAACUUAAUGUAAUAUAUUUUAGAUAUUUUAGUUUUUCCCUCUGAGGAGUUCAUCUAGUAUAUAGAAAAAAGUUUGACAUUUUCAUAUAAGGUUAUAACUUUUCAUACAUAAAUGCAAAUUUUGUUUUAGUGUAAACUCUCUAAACCAAACAAUCUAGGACUUAAAUUUAACAUAUACACUAUAUCUAUUUUUCUGCAGCCCUUUAAAGGUAUAAAAAAUUGCUAAUAUAUAGCAAUAAAUACUUUGGGUACUGAAGCAUCUUAAUGUGUAUAUAAAAUGACACAUAUUCAUGUUUUUUAAUGUGACCUGUUGUACUAAAAAUUCAGAAUGGCUGUUUGCACCAUGUUAAAAUUCUUUUUUCUUUUACAUUGGUACAGGUUUUGCUGUAAAAGAUUGCUGCUUAGUUUCCAGAAACAUCCUUAGUUAACCUUUGGUGUUGAUAAAUGUGAUAGAAGGCUAGAAAUCAUGGAUCAGAUCUGAGUAGAGCUUAAUACUAUUUUAAUUUCCCUUUACCCUCUUUUCCCUUUUACAUUCUGAAAAGAAGUAACCUGAUUUAUUCAGUUGCCGGGAAAUUAUGAGAAUUUUUUUAAAAAAUGUUUACAGUUUCCAUUGUAAUCACCAUCCAUAGUUUGUGAUCUACUAUAGCAAGUAGAACAGUUUUAAUAUAAAGUUUCUUAAAAGUUUGAUUUGCAAAGAUUUUAAAGAAUUUUAAGGUUCUUAAGAGCUUUGCUCCAUUUGUCUAAAAUAAAAAUUGCCUUUUUCAAUUGUAUGUCCUAGGUAUUGUACUUCUAAUUAUGACUCUGAUUAUCAUUUAGUUAAAAUACCAUAACCCAGGCUGCUGUUGAAGUAUUUGUAUAUUAUAAAUUAUCUUGAUAUUUGUGUUAUAUUCUUGCAAGUAAUUAUCUUUUCUAAAAAAAACAAAAAACCUAUUCCAGUUCAAAGCACACAGGAUAUAAACACAAUAAUAAAAUUUGUCCUGUAAAUGUAGUAGCAUAACUUGUUUUACAUUACAUCUGUUGUCUAGUUUUUAUUUAUAGCCAUCAGUUUAACAUAGGCAUGUUAAGAAAAAUAAUCUUCAAGAGUUUUAUAAACUAUUUCUAGGUUGCUAAAGAAUUUAUUUUUCUACUGUAGAUGGUAUAGACAAAAGCAUCAAACUGUACAGAAAAAGCUUAUUUCUAUUGCAAGUAGGCUUAAAUUUUUCAAUCAUAUCCAUCUGAAAAAUUUGUCUAACACAAUAUAAAAGUUGAAAUUGUUUCUCAUUUAGAAUGCCGUCUUUUUGUAAACUAGUGUAAUUUAGUUAACUAUGUUGAUACACUGUGUUAUUACCCUAACAGAUUGAUUUCCAGAACUUGUUUUCAAGUUGUUACAGGCAACUAUCUAACAGCAUUCUUCUCUUGAAAAGAUUUUCUCAUAACUGUUAAAAUUCUGCUCUUACAGUUGGCCUAGGGCAUGAUCCACCAAGGUGGUAGUCACCUUGUACACCCUUAUGUAUCACAGCAUAAGUAUGCCUCUGAUUAUGUAUGUCCUGUAAUAACAGUACAACCUUUGCACUCCCUGCUGCUACAUAAAGCUAAGUGUAAUGUGUUCCCAGUGGAUCAUGUCCGUAGAUCACAGGUUUAAUACUUAAGCAUUAAUCUGUAUGCCUACUUGUCAUUUCCAUAAUUUGUACUUCAGAAUUAAAGUGCUGUGAAUGCUGUCCAUGAGAUUCUCAGCAGCAUACAUUUUUUUGCAUAUUAGUCUUGUUUCAGCAACUUCUUACAGACAUACCCCUUCACCUUUUAAACUGGGUGGGGAUAUGGGGCUGCUAAACUGAAAAAUGAGAAAAUCAGAUAUGAUUGUGGAGGGGGAGGGUAUUGUCCUCAUAAGAUUUGAGAAUCCUAUGGAUGUCAUUGGUUUUAUAGAAAGCCAGCCUACCUACAUAUUUGGUGGUUCGACUUGUUCCUUUAGGCUAAUGGGGUAUUCAGCUAUAAACUUUUUCUGAAGUUUCAAGCCAGGGAAAGUUGCUGAUACUGUGAAUCCAAUCAGUUUUACAGUCAUGUUAACAGUGUUCAGCAGUUGUCACUUUGUCUUUUGGCAUCCCCUUUGUCACAUUUUAUGUAUUUCUAAACUAUACAUACAGCUUUAGGUUGCAGUUCUGAGCACAGAUGUGCUUACAUAAGAUCCAUUAUGAUUACAGAGAUGGGUUGUAGCCUUAAGCUGCAAUCCUGAGCACAAUUACUAGGGAGCAAGUAAGCUGAAGUCUCUGGGACUUCCUAAUAAUUGUUCUUAGGGUCAUUCUGUAUGUGUUUAACAAGUAUUUAAGCAUUUUAUCAGUGUAUUUAGUCACACAUAAAACCAUUUAAGUGACAUUUUAUAUUAAAUGUUUUGCAGAUUAUUUUUACAUUACACUCAAACUUUUAACAUAGUGUAAAUAAUUAUACAACUUUAAUGAAGAGCAACAAUUUUUCACAGUGUAUGUGUAUUCUGCAUUACUUGAAUAAUGGUUGCUAGAAAUUACCAUUGACUUGGGUUUUUUUUAGGUACUGGAGUUUAGUUUCUGUUAUCUCUUUGAAAUUGUAAAGAUGUAAGCUAAUGGGAGAGGUUUAAAAAAUUUAGGCCUUGCCUGCAUUGUGAUUUCAUCCUUUUUUUUUACAGUAACUGUGAUGCUAUAUCAGAUGAAUAUAUAUAUAUAUAUAUAUACUUUUAAAGUUUUGUUUAUAAUUCAUGUAAUCUUGUCAUACCACUCACAGAAAGUGAAUUCAGUAUCAGUGAAGCUUAUCUGUAUGCAGAAUGCUAUGAAUAAAACAUUAAGAUGCCUACCUUGUAUAAUGUUUAGUUGAGUAUUAAAGUUUUUAAAGGCAAACUUACCCCAUAUAUUUCAAUUAACCACUGUGAUGAAAUUUCAGAUUGAAAACUUGUAUGCUUAUAAAUGGUUCAAUGUUGAAAACCAUGUGGGGAACUUUUUGGAGAGGGGUAUGAAAAUUUUGAGAGAAGGAAAUACCUGUACACUGUAAUUGUAUGUGCAUUGAUAUUUAGGAGGCAACUUGAGGGUGAAGGCUUUUAGCACUAUGAAGUCCUGUAUAAUCUGGAUGGUGAUGUACAUGGUAACUGUUAAGAUUACUGUCUUGGACUUGCAUUGAAGCUGUUACCAAAUAGGUAAAAAUAUCUUUUAUGUUCUGCCUAAAACAGAUGUGUCCACCAGAAAAGGUUUCCUGCAUUGAUCAUGUAUGUAUGAUAUGCACAGUAAUAGGUAUUUUUGUGUGAAUAUUAAGAGUCUUUUCUGCACAGGACCUUUUCAUCGGUUCUGAUGCCCAUACUACAUCAAUUUCUCUACAGACUUUAAAAUACCCCAAUUCAGUCUCCAAACUGCUUCCCAGACUUUUUUGCAUUCUGCAUGGAGAAAAGUUGCAACUGCCAUGGAAUCAAUUUUUCCCUGGCUUUUUGGCAGCUUUUCUCCCUGCAUACAUACCCUAAUACCCCCCCUCCCCGGGACAAAAUCAAACAAGGGCUUUUUUGAAGUGCAGAAUGCUUUCUUCGGUGUGAAACCUGACCCUGUCUGUGUCUUUCGCUCUCCCCUUAAUGCCCUUGCAUCCUGAUAGGUUGAACAGCAACCAAUCCAGUUGUUCCCUGAAUUUAAAAAAAUUAUAUUGCAACAUUGGUGUCAUUAAAAAAGAUAAAAAACCUCUCAGCCGAUUGACUGAGGAAACUGACGGGUCCUUAGCUAAUUGACUGAGAAAACUGAUGAGGCCUCAGCUGUUCAAUUGACGAGUCUUCAGAGCCUGCAGCAGAAUCAAGACAUUUUUCUAGUGCAGAAAUAAAAAACAGACAUUACUUCGGUUCAACUCCCUCAAAGUGUAGAUUUAAAGACUUGAAGCAGUAUGGGGCCAGAACCGAUGAAUAAAGUGGAUCCAAUCUGCAUGGGUAGAAUAUGCAGAAAGCCUGAUGUAAACUUCACCGUGCAAAAGAGGUCUAAGUUGUGUUUGUUAAAGUGCAUAAUUUGAUUUUUUUAGAAUGAACAUUUUUAUGUACAAUAUUACCGCCAUACUAAUUAUUUGUGGAAAAUAG